AUGUCUCUGCAGGAGACACACUGUCCUGGAAGGGGUCCUGGCCUCACAGGAGAUUCAGUGGUGGCUGACCCCCUCCCUGGCAGCCCACAUCUAACGCUCUCCUUGAAAAUGGAGGGAGAAGAAAGAGCCGUCAGUGAAAAAGGAGGGAGGGGGAAUGUCCCUAGAGUAAGAGCAAAAUGUAUAAAAAAGAGGAAGCUGCGUUCAAUGGAUCAGUUGCUUGCUCAUCUCACUGAGCACACAGCUAUGAUUUUCACUUGCCUGCUCCUCUCCAGCAUCUGGACCCUUGCAUCAGGCUCUGUGCAGGUGAUGCACAGCAAGGUCCAGUCAGUCCGGGCAGGAGGAAACACUACUUUUUCAUGCCGAUUGGUCACAAAAGAAGAUGUGCUACAGGUGACUUGGCAGAAGGAGAUGGAUGGGGCUGAAGACAACAUAGCGACUUACAGUACAAUGAAUGGUCAAAAGAUAGCAAAGGACUACGUUGGGCACGUGAGCUUUGCUCAUAGUGAGUUACAAGCCUCGGACAUCUCCCUUCAUGGAGUCACCUUCCAAGACGAAGGAUGCUACAAGUGCAUCUUCAACACUUUUCCCUCAGGGGCUGUCACUGGCAGGAUGUGUCUCCAAGUUUAUGCCAUCUCAGAACCCAAAGUGGAAGCUAGGCUUAUAGCCAGUCCAGACAGAACUGAGGACUCUGAGAAAGUGGUUGGGAUGAGCUGCUCAGCAACAGGGAAGCCAGCUCCAAAAAUCACCUGGCGCCUUCCCAGUAUCCUGCAGCAGAAACCAAGGGAGUAUCACGUCAAACUUGGUAACCAGACCGUGACUGUCAUCAGCAAUUUCACCCAUGCCAACUCCAAAAUCCUUCAGAAGCACCCCAUCGUCUGUGUGAUCCAACACCCUUCUCUGAACGUGACCCUGGUCCUACCCAUGGCCAAUCUGGUGCAGGGUCAGGACAGCAGUGUGUCACCAGCUAUUGCCAUUGUGGUGGGGGUGCUGGUCCCCCUGAUUUCCCUCCUCCUUCUCGCCUGCCUCCUCCACUGCCGCCUCAAGUACCUACGUGAUCCAGAGAGAAACCAAGCCUGGCCGUGCUGGGUAGGUCUGCCUUUCCCCAGGGUGCUGCAGGACUCACCCGUCACAGGGCUCAACACCAGGACCCAUCUGUGCCCAGCCAUCCUGGGGCUGGCUGCAUGCUGCCCACCCCGGGCUGUACCUGAGGCAGAGAGGGACAAAGGGAUCAAAGGGACGGACUCCAGCCAGACAGCUGCAUGCUGGGAAGGGGAAACCUGA